GUCCAACAAUAAACUAAGUUCUGGAGAAGAAAGUAAACAGAGUGAUACAAAAACUUUGUAUCAAGUGAAUGAAUCCCCUUGUCACUCAAGGCCAAACCUAAUGAGAGUUAUUAGAAAAAGGGGUUACCCUGAAGAAAGUGAAAACAGAGAAGAGGACAACUCUGAUAACAGAAAUGCAGAAGAGUGUUUGAUUUUAGAAAAAACAAGUGUAUCAGUGCUAAAAUCUAGUAACACAGUGGAAACUGCAUCAUUCUCGGAGACUACAAGAAAACACAAUUUUACAGACUCUGUUGGAGAAGCAUCUUGUAAAAGAAUGAGGCAGGAUAGUAGACUCCAGUCUCCAGAGGUAUCAUCAGAGAGUGAAAGUCAAGUAGAACAAGAAGAUUCUCAGCUUUCUGCCCCGAAGGAAAAAAAAUCAGACAAUCUCACAAGAAGGCAGUCCAGGAGGCCAGCAAAACGGAUAGCGCUGCCAAAACAUGUCUCUGAGCUAAGAACUGCUGCCUCUUCUUCCUCUGAAUGUGAGGCUGAUUGCAGUGAGAAGGGGAAUCAAAGGCAAGAAGUUAAACUGAGUGUUACUAGAGGCAAAAGUCUGAAAACUGUACAUAGAAAGAAAUCCGUGAAGGAGCACAGAAGUUCAAAGAUAACCUUGGUGACCCUCCGGGCUUCUCAAGAGGAGGAGGAGGAGGCAGAUGACUUUGAGCCUGAUGAUGAAGAUGGAUACUUUGCACCCGAAGAAGUGAACAAAGCUCCAGUGUUUGUUCCUAUAGGUCUUCGAUCUCCAAAACCUGUUCCUGUUCAGAUAGAGGAAACCAUGGAGGAGCUGGAGAUACCUGUGAAUAUACCAGAUGUGCAGGUGGCUACUGAUGCUGAAAGUCUCUCUCGUGCAUCUGUACAGCCACUGGCACAAAGUGAGGAAAAAGUAAGCACCUCAAUGGCAGAAACAACCAUACAUGAAAAUCCAGAGGUGGACAAAGGAAUUAAUGAUGGAAGCACUGAAGCUGCUAUGACUUUACUUGCAAUGGGUGAUCCAAUGUUCCAGUUAAAAACAAGCACUGAAGAACAAACACAUGCGUUACCUACUCAAGAUGAGUUGGACGUGGCCAGUAGUGCUGCCUGCUCCAGACAAGAUAGAACUUCUAGUCAGGGUUUACUUUCUUCAGACACUUCUACCAAGGAAUUGGUCCCUUCUGAGGAUGGAAGCAACAUUAACGUAGAGGAUCAAAGAACUGGCACAAGAACAGAUGUCAAAGAACAUUUUGAGAAAAAUGCUAAAGAUACCAGUGGUAGCUCUUUGCCUACGGUGAAUAGUGUGAGCCUGACACAAGGCAGGCUCUUGGAGCCUGAGCCAGCCUUAGGAAUAUUGAGGUCCAAUGAAAACCUAAGUCAGAAGUCACUUAAUACAAAUGUACUUGUGGAACAACUAGAGCAAAUUCAAAGUGAGUCUACAACACUGAGAGGUACUGCGGAAAUGCAGAAGGUGGAACUAGAGGAGGUCAGGCCAGCUGCAGAUGAUUCUUUGGUUUUUCAUGACUUUGCAACCAGAAGUAUGGAACUUAACAAGCAAGCAGACAAAAUUGAGAGAACACAAAAAGAGAUGAGAGAUGCUUGUGGAAAAUCAGAAGCAUUAAGAACUACAUCACCAACACCUGAAAAAUCUCACCUUGUACUAGAGCAUUGUCCAAAUCAGAGUUCUGUGGAUGGACUUCCUGAGCAAAAUCCUUAUCCUCCAGAGCACAAUAUAUGCACAAUCAACUUUAGUGAGAAUGAAGCUUGUGCUCAGGAUGAUCAACAACAAUGCAUAAGCAGAACAGAAGAGACUUCAGUGAACAAUGAUCACAGAUGUCCAGAGGAGGAACAGACAUUCAUUUUAACCUUGGUGGAAAUCCCAGCUGAUUCAAAAGAGUUUGAUGCAUCUGUUUUGCUGGAACAAACUUCAGAACCAUUACUACCAGCCCCGAUACUUAUCAGCCCAAUAAAUGCAAGGGAAACAAGUGUGACUGAAGUGGAGAGCAUUAGUUCAUCAACAGCUGCAGCUGAUGAAUUUACUGCACCUUUAAACAGCAGUGUGGAAACUGAACACAUAGAGGGUGCAUCAGUAGAGCCUGUCCCGGAUUUGCAGACAACGCAAAAAAGGUCAGCUGCUGACCUUGAAGAGAAUAAUUUUCCUCCUGCCAAGAAAAUUCUCUCUAGUGUUGUAGUAGAAGAUAACUUGGAAACCACUUAUGAGAGUUAUUCAAUUAAAUCCACAAAUGCUCCAACAGUAACUUCAGGGAAUCCUUUUCAAAAGACAGAGGCUUCAGUAAAAGAAAAAGUACCUGACUCUGUGUUGGUGUCUGAAUCUAUGUCACCACUGGCUGACAGGAGCCAGCUUGAGACUUUGGAGAACUGGGGAAAAGCACCACUUGAGGAUUCAGCAUCCAAACAGAAAGAGGAAGUAGUGUCUAUUUUGUCCUCUAACAGAAAAGCAGAAAUAAGUGGACAAUGGAAGCAGGGGGAUGUGCAUGAAGCUGGACAGUUGGAACAUACUGGAAGCCUAGCACCAUCUUCAAAAACUCCAUUACUCAGGCAUGGACGAAAACCUUUGGGAUUUUUAUCUUUAAUUUGCACAAAAAGUAGUUCUGAAACUGCAGAAAAUUCCAAAAGGAGUAGAGGGAAGAUCCCAAAACCUCGGCUUGUAACUCCAAAGCGAAACCUAAAAAACCACACUCCAUCCCCGAAGGAUGACAGGGAAUCUUGUUCUCUUCCCUCUACAAGUACAUCAUCAUCUGUGGAGUAUGAGCAUAUAGCUGCUGAUGCUGCAGUUAUGGUUCCAAGUAACAAGCCAUCUGAGAAGCCACCCCUUUGUGCUAAAGGUCAAGAGAAGGAAGAAGAGCCAACCAGAAUCUCUGAGUAUUUUUUCAGUGAUAUCUUUAUGGAAGUGGAUGAUUCAGAAUAG